AAUGGAAAGCAUUUAGUCAAAACGGCGCUAAAACACGUUAACAGACUGACUCUUUGCCUUUGGUUGCUGAAUUUAUUUAUUUUUGUCAAUUAGCUAUAGCUAGGUAGACAACGUUUUAUUUUAUAGACCACGACAAUAAUACAUCCACAGACUGCACAAGUGGUGUUUCGCGAAAUAACAAGACUAGCCAGUUAUUAUGAAUGCUAAUGUUGAGACGCUAGCCUAGCUGAUGAUGUCCAGUCUUCCUCAAAAUAAUUUGAAGGAACAACUCGAGAGACAUAGCAAUGCUGCUCAGAGAAAACUGUCGUUGUCUAAACCCAAACCAGGGACAUUUUGUUUCAAAAAGAAGUCCACAUCAGGUAUCACCAAGGUGGAAGUUCACACUAAGGUAAACAGCUCAAAUGGUUUAACAAACAGGAGUGUCAAUGUUCCUCAUGAUAAUGCAGUAAUUAAACCUCCUUUGACGUUUUCAACCAAGCCCGAAAGACCUCUCGCCAAAAUCAACUUCUCCUCAGUCAAUCCCAAAAGCAAGUAUGAAGCCAUCAGUCCUGUAUUAACCCCCUUUUCGGGGAGGAAAACCAUCCCAGCUGUGUCUGCUGCAAAGAUCUCCCCUGCUUUGACCAACUCUGAUAGCUUGAUCACAGGUAGCAAUGGCAGCAAACCCACAGGACUUGAUAGCUCUUUUGGUAUUCCCCUGGACGGAUGGGAUGAUUUUGAUGACUUUGAAACCCCUGUCAAGGGCAAAAGUACUCUACCAAGUCCAGGGAUCUCAGGUAGGUGUGCCAAGGUGACACCUGUUUCCAGUGUUGAACAAUUGGAUACUAACACACACAGAUCAGACAAAUAUGUCCCUCUACGAGCGCUGAAUACAAAGACCAACAGCCGUCAUAGAAAUAAGUGUAGUCUUGAUGGGACAGAACAAUGUACUCUCACAAUGGAGGACUCACAAGAUGCUUCGGAGUCUGCCAGUACUGCGCCAAGAGACAAUCCCAUCCAGGAUCCAGCAGAGUGGGAGCACUGGGAGGUGGAGGAUUCUCCCAUUAAAAUGGUUAGAAGACGACCUUCUGCUUAUCAAGCCAAGUCUGUGCUGAGUGACAGUGAAGAUGAGAACAUCACUGCACCCGGUCCAGUUGAAAAGAUAGAUCAUCAAAGUAAAUGGAAUGAGACAGAUGUCAUAGACAUUGAUGACAAGUCCGAGCUAGAUGGAGACCUAGAUUUCAUCCCCCCUUCCCCAAGUCCAGAGGAUUUCAGUCAUUCUACUUCUACAAAGGAAACAAGAUUGAAGUCAGCUGGCUCUGCAGUCCGUAAAGACAACAGUCCUGAAUCAACAAGAGGGUCGGUGUCGAGCCUACAAAGAGUGUCUGAUGGUCCUCUGAAAGAAAGAAAAGUCACCAAUCCAAAAUCUGAAGAUCAGCUCUUGAGUAUCAUGGAGUCCAUCUGUGCUCUGGUGGAUUCCAUCCCUGAUCAUGAACUAUUAGGCCUGUCCUGUGGGACAGAGCUCUUACUGCAGCGGGCUUAUAGGAAAAGGAUAAUUGCUACUGGCAGCAGUGACACAUCUUCAAGGACACAACAGCCAGACAGCACUGUCUUGGAAUCCAGAUUCAGUGAAAAGACUACUUUUUCCUUUGCUACUCCAAGUGUCAUGUCUUCCACCACUUGCCUGCCCAAGGGUAAAGGAGAUUCUUCCAUGAAAGCCCUUCCCUUCAGGAGGUCCUCAGUCAUAUCUGUGGACUACGACAGUAGUGUUUUUGAGGACUCUGACUGUAUGAUCAAUGUCCAGACUCCAGGCAUCUCUUGGAGACCCAGCUCUCAGGAAAAUCCUAUUUUCACUAGAGACAAGAAGGCAUCCACAACAGGCCAAAGUAAUUGUGACUCUCCAUCGAAUUACGGUAUCUUCAAAAAACAAAUUGUUGAUGUGGCUCAGUCAAAUUUCUUCUCACCGAAGAGCCCGGCAGCUGCUGUACAAAUGACAGGGGAGAGCAGUACCCAAGCCUCUGUGGCACAAGCCCCAGCAGUUACGGAGCCAGACGAUUUCUUCAUUGAUGACUUUGACAUAGAUGACUUCAAUGAUUCAGAUAUCCCUGAUUACUUUGAACCCCCAAGCUCCUCAGCGUCAAUGCAGGACUCCAGUUCUAUCUCUAAAGCGGUGCGUGAGGGAGGACCAAGUACAUCAACAUGGCAGAAGAAACCAGCUACACCAGCUCCUGUGGCCAAGCCUCCUAAAAUCACCUCUCCUGAGCCCACAUACAGAAACCCUGCUCACGAUCGCUUCAGAGGCUUCAACUUCCCCCACUGUCCAGAGAUGAUGAAGAUUUUCCACAAGCGCUUUGGUCUCCAUCAGUUCCGAUUCAAUCAGUUGGAAGCCAUUAAUGCUACGUUGUUAGGUGAAGACACAUUUGUCCUGAUGCCAACAGGAGGGGGUAAAAGUCUUUGUUACCAGCUGCCGGCCUGUGUGUGUGCAGGAGUCACUGUGGUCAUCUCACCACUGAAAUCACUCAUUGUAGACCAGGUCCAGAAACUCACUACUCUGGAUAUUCCCGCCACAAGUUUGUCUGGUGAGAAGACUGACAGUGAAGCAGCCAGGAUCUACUUGCAGCUGUCCAAGAAGGACCCCAUAAUUAAAUUGCUCUAUGCAACUCCUGAAAAGGUGUGUGCGAGUGGCAGGAUGAUCAGUGCCCUUCAGAACCUGUAUGAGAGAGGUCUUCUAGCACGCUUUGUCAUUGAUGAGGCUCACUGUGUCAGUCAGUGGGGCCAUGACUUCCGGCCAGACUAUAAGCGGAUGUACGAGCUGCGGCAGAAGUUCCCCAAAGUGCCGAUCAUGGCCCUGACCGCCACUGCCACCCCCCGCGUCCAGAAGGACAUCCUCAAUCAGUUGCAGAUGACCCAGCCUCAGGUGUUUACCAUGAGCUUCAACAGAAACAACCUCAAAUAUGCUGUGUUACCCAAGAAACCCAAGAAGGUAGAUGAGGACUGCAUUGACUGGAUCAAGAAGAAUUAUCCACGUGAUUCUGGCAUUGUGUACUGCCUGUCCCGUAAUGACUGUGACAACAUGGCUGACAGUCUUCAGAGAGCUGGUAUACUAGCACUAGCCUACCAUGCAGGCAUCAAUGACAAAGACAGAGAAUAUGUGCAGACCAAAUGGAUCAAUCAGGAUGGCUGCCAGGUCAUAUGUGCCACCAUAGCCUUUGGCAUGGGCAUCGACAAGCCUGAUGUGCGCUAUGUGAUCCACGCCAGUCUCCCCAAGUCAGUAGAAGGCUACUACCAGGAGUCAGGCAGAGCAGGCAGGGACGGAGAGAUCUCUCACUGCAUCCUCUUCUACUCCUACUCUGACGUCAUCCGCAUCAAGAGAAUCCUCACCAUGGACAAAGAUGGAAACCACCAUACCAAAGCCACUCACUUGAACAAUCUGCACAGUAUGGUACAUUUCUGUGAGAACGUGAUGGACUGCCGAAGGAUACAGUUGCUGGCUUACUUUGGAGAGCACAAGUUCAACCCAGGCUUCUGCAAGGAACACCCUGAUGUCAUCUGUGACAACUGUGCCAGACCCAAUAAAUACAAAGCAAGAAACGUGACUGAAGAUGUGAAGAAGAUUGUGAGAUUUGUCCAGGAGAAUUGUGAAAAAGUUGGCUCCAGAUACAGCAAAUCUGCGAACCAAAACCGACUGACUCUGAACAUGUUGGUGGACAUUUUCUUGGGUGCUAAAACCGCCCGUAUCCAGUCAGGGAUGUUUGCGAUAGGAAAGGCUUACUCCAAACACAACGCUGACCGGCUGUUCAAGAAGCUGGUUCUGGAUCACCUUCUGGUGGAGGACCUGUACAUCACAGCCAACAGCCAGGCAGUGGCCUACAUCUCUGCUGGACCCAAAGCCAUCAAUGUCCUCGGGGGACACAUGCAGGUGGAGUUCUAUGAGACCGAGAGUGCCUCCAGCAUCAGGAAGCACAAAACUGCUGUGGCCAAGGAUGUCUCCAAGAGUGAGGAGAUGGUCCAGAAGUGUCUGCAGGAGCUCACUGAUCUGUGCAAGAGGUUGGGCAAAGUCUUUGGCAUUCACUAUUACAACAUCUUCUCCACUGCCACCCUGAAGAAGAUAGCCGAGACUCUGUCGGCCGACCCGAAUGUGCUGUUGACGAUUGAUGGUGUGACGGAGGACAAACUGGAGAAGUAUGGAGCAGAUGUCAUCGCGCUUCUGCAGAAAUACUCUGAGUGGAAGCUACCUGUGGAGGAGCAGUCUGACACCACUGAAGGAAGCUCCACUAUGGCAUGGAUAGACACAAGCAGAGGCCGCGGAGACGACGAGGAGGACUGUUAUGAGGACGACGCUGGAUCUUCCAGUUAUUUCAACAGUAACAACGGCAGAGGAGCGAAAAGGAAAAAGGCCCCCGCCUUCAAGAAAUCCAAAAAGAGAAAAGGAUAUACAAACUCCAACUCUAAAGGGAAGUACAGCAACAAUGGGUCGUGGACAGGGUCCAACUCCAGAGGUGGAUCUAAAGGCCGGGGGUCAGCAGCAGGACGUGCGUCAGCAGCAGGGCGGGGCUCAAGGCCUUCAGCAGCAGGCCCAGUGGGGAGGAGGCCCGGCUUUAUGGCCCUCCCCACACCACAAACAAACAGCCGGCCAUUCCUCAAACCAUCCUUCUCUGUACUGUAGGAGUAUAACUCCUGGCCAUACCUGGAGUCUAACAGAUGGAUUUUGGAGUAGCAAGGAAACUCCUAGUUAGUAGAGGAUUUGAGACUGGGGUUCAAUUUGAUUCCAAUUUACUUGUAAAUUAUUUACUUGUUUCAUUUUAACUGUUGCACGAAUGUGUGUUUCUGUACAGCGUCUUCAAUAGUCUUUGUUUUUUUGCUUCUUUAGCAGUAUUUCUUAUCCAUUCUGACGUGAAGUUUUCCACUUUUAAUAAAGGCUCAUAAAUUAUUCCUAAAUGUGAUACUGGUUUCUGGAAAAGGUAAAUAUGGGAAAUUGUGUUUUGUUUUGAACCACGCCCUUAAUACUGUACUUUCAUUUACCCAAAAGCAUGGAAUGUGUAAUGUUCCCUGUAGAUGGCACUAUAUAAUCUGAGCUUUAAAAAAAAAAAGUGUAAUUUGCAUUGAAGAGCCAUAAACCACAAGAAGCCCAUUUUUAAAUGUUUAUUCAAUGUUUAUUUCAAAUUUGAAUAGUUUAAUGGCACCAGUUACAAGGGACUAUCAGAGAGAAACAAUAUUGUAUACUGUUUUGUACAGAAGGUUUUCUACAGUAUAAACAUGGGAUUCAGAAUGGAUCUGAACUGGAUUUGGCACAUUUGUAUAUUCAUAUUACGUAAAUAAACAGCAACCUUCAUUGGAGAGAGAAAGAUACAUAAGACACGUCUACAGACACGUAUGCAUAUACACUUAUUUACAUGUAUAUGCACAGCUGUGCAUAUACACUUAUUUACAUGUAUAUGCACAGCUGUGUGAGUGUUUGCUUGGGAGCUGGCGAUGGGGUGGAAGCAUAUUACAACAAGGUGACAUAAUAAUGACUGGUUCUAUUAACUCCCUCAGCUCUAUAGCUGUAGCUCUGUCUGCCCUAUACUUGUUAAGUAGCAUUACUGUGGGAGUAAAGGGGACCUUCAGGAAAAGACCGCUCAAUGCCAUUUACCUUUUGCAGUUAAACUAGCUCAUCUGCUGGCAUGUUAAUUUUCAAGCUGUACUUUUCACUUGACUACUAUUUCAUCUUCAUGUCAUUGGCAAACUGUCAUGUAGAAUAUCUUGUACCUCCUUUAAUCAGAGUAAUGGCCAAUCAAUGUUAUUUAUUAGUCUGUGGUUUCCAUAAUGAUUUCUAACAUACUAUAUGUAAACCAGGGCAGUUGUCCAAAGAUAACAGAAAUCCCCUAUUGUUUUACACACUACCAGCAAGAGUCUGAAACAUCUACCAGACAAACAAGUACUACAGCCAGUUCCCAGGAGAGAUCAAAGAAACUAAUGUAAACAUGACAUCACCAGAUCAAAUGUACUGUACAGAUUCAAGGUUUUUCAGAGGCAACGUGCCUGUACAGAUUCAGACGGAUAUAGAACUACAUAACUUUCCCUCAGAUACACAAAUGACUCACUCUGCCGUAAGUGCCGACCAUACAUCACAUGGGAUCAGUAACCACCACCCUACAUUAACAACAGCUACAUAGUAAACAGUGUUUUCCAUUUAAGCCUGUGAGAUUAAAGGGUAGUCCAUACAUUAUGAGGAGGGUACUCUGCAUCUGUCUCUGUCCAUUCACUCAUUUGCCCCUUUGUUAAAAAUGCAGAGCUGUUAGGGACUAAAGAUUCCAGGCACGGGAAAGACCCUUCGGUCACAAUGAAUUCCAACAUCCCAAUAAGAGCUUUAACAAUGGAAGGAAAAAAACAUCUAUAAAAUAUGGUACAUACUAAGAAUAAUAACUCUUCAUUUUACAUUAUUACUGUGUUUUAUGAAAAAGGAAAAGGCGCGUACCAUGAGCUCUAAUUUGUUGGUAAUGUAAUUACACUACAUGACAAAAGUAUGUGAACAUCUCAUUCUGGAGUUGGUCCACUAGAUGUUGGAACAUUGCUACAGGGACUUCCUUUCAGCCACAACAGCAUUAGUGAAGUCGGGCACUGAUUUUGGGCGAUUAGGCCUGGCUCGCAGUCGCCGUUCCAAUUCAUCCCAAAGGUGUUCGAUGGGGUUGAGGUUGGGGAUCUGUACAGGCCAGUCAAGUUGUUCUACACAGAUCUCUACUAACCGUUUCUGUAUGGACCUCGCUUUGUGCACGGGGGAAUUGUCAUGCUGAAACAGGAAAGGACCUUCCCCAAUCUGUUGCCACAAAGUUGGAAGCACAGAAUCAUCUAGAACAUCAUUGUAUGCCAUAGUGUUAAGAUUUCCCUUCAAUGGAAAUAAGGGGCCUACCCCGAACCAUUAUUUAUCAUCCACCAAAAUUUACAGUUGGGAUUAUGCAUUGGGGCAGGUAGUGUUCUCCUGGCAUCUGCUAAACCCAGAUUAGUCUGUCGGACUGCCAGAUGGUGAAGUGUGAUUCAUCACUCCAGAGAAUGCAUUCCCACUGCUCCAGAGUCCAAUGGUGCCGAACUCAGUAGUGAGUGUUGCAACCAAGGACAAACGAUUUUUAGGCGCUACGCGCUUCAGCACUCGGCUGUCCUGUUCUGUGAGCUUGCCUUCCACUUCGCAGCUGAGCCGUUGUUACUCCUAGACGUUUCCACUUCACAAUAAAUUGCAUGGCUAUGUGCUCAAUGUUACACACCUGUCAGCAACAGGUGUGGCUGAAAUAGCCAUAUCCACUCAUUUGAAGGGAUAUGGCUGAAAUAGCCAUAUCCACUCAUUUGAAGGGAUGUCCACAUACUUUUGACCAUGUAGUAUACAAUGACAGUCAACUGAUUUUUGACACUGCAAAAAAACAGCACAAUGUCCAGUGUAAGACUUCUGUUUACAUUUCUAUGUCCAUUUGCUCUUACAAUUUGACUGAUUAUUGCUUAUUGAAUGAUGCUGCCUUAAUUGUUGCAUGCUUGGAAAGAACAUUAAAGCUGCAUAAUGCUGAUAAUGUGUACGAACAUAGACCAUCAAUUGACCUUUUUUCUCUUCCAGUUCCCUGACCUUUAAGAAGUAACACUAACAGACUGUCUGGAACUGUCUUGUUGACAUUUACAGUAUUUAGCAUUAGGCAAGUUAUAAAUAGGAAAUAUGAAUGUAUAAAAUAACAAAAAAGUACUGUUAUCUUGCAUACUGGAUCAACACUCCCCAUCCAGGUACAGACAAAUUCAACCUUUCAAGUCAUCCUCUAUCUUUGUGUGCUGUUCAUUGGAAGUGCAUGCAUGAUACACGAGCAUAAGGAGCAUGCAUAUUUGACUCAGGAAUUUCUGCCUUUCUAUGGUACGUAACUGUUACUGCACCAGAUUUGCUACUAAGGGCUGCUUUUAGCACACCUCUGCCAUAAACAUGGGUAUUUCACACAGCAGAUGUCUGGGCCCCACACUGUUGAUGGAGGGUUAAGAACUGAAAUGUCUAGGACCACAGUAGACACCCAGCCGUAGCAUUGACUAGUAUAUGCUGCAGUGUCUUCCUUGCCGGGUCUACUUCAACUAGCAGGGUCCUGUUGGGGGACAGACUACACUCAGGGCCAGGGGAUGCAGUGCUCUGGAUACAUGGGCCCAGGCUGGGCUCCCCAGGGCAGAGCAGGCAACAGCACCGCUGGGGGAUCAGAGCAUGGAGCAACUCUGUGGAGGUCAUGGUGUUAAAUAACAGGCCAAAACAAGAAUGGCUGCAGCCAAUAGUCAUGAGCACCAAAUGGUCACAUAUGCAUUCCCCUUUGAUUAUACUCGUACCGGCCUCGUGGCAUGUGAGGCUGGUCGACUCAUCAGUGCUCAUUUAUUUUCACAUCCCUUGAACCUCUACCUUUUCUCAUUCAAUCUCUUUCUGUCAAUAUCUUUCUGUAUCGUUUUCUCUCACUUUAAAAAAAAUAAGACCAUAUUUUUUAUCUGUCAACACUUCACAUUAUCAGCUUGAAGUGUGUUACAUUCCUACAUACAAACACACAACACACACACCUGGACCAGGUACAGUAGAGGAGGUAGAGAUGAAACCCCACAAAAACAGAUUUGACCCAAUAUCAGCCAUGACAGCAGAAUUACUGCUCCCUUGAGCUAUGAGACAGAAUAGUCUGCACAGACACCUCUCAAAACGUGGAAAACGACUGACCAAUCUGCAUUGUCUUUGGAGUACUAUGUUUUCUGUUGGUAUUGUAGUCCAGUCUACUUUUGACAAUAUGUAUAUAUGUUCCUCCACCAUCUGUUGUGCCUUCCUGGCCUACAGUGGGCAUUUUAAAUAGCUCUCUUGACAACUAAAAAGUAUGCAUGCUGGUGGAGUGAGAGAGUUGUGAUCUAUACGGAGUGGAUCUGGAUAAAAGCCCAGUUUUUGAGUCAACCCCUUCUCAUAUAUGUCCAUAAAUGCCAGACCUCACUUGAAACACAGAGCUAAAAAAAAUUAUAAUUUCAUCUUCAAUAACAAAAUAUCAUUUCAGUUCUGUUAAAAAUAUACAUGGAAAAACUGUCAAUAGGAAACAAACUACUUUGUACAAAAAGUACAUCAUUGUUAUUCUUAUACUAACAAUUAAUUACAGUAUAAUAUACGCAAAAAUGAAGAGCAAGGUUGAUAUGGAACUGAAAGAAAUCAUACAUUUCAACAGAUCUUAACAUAAUCAAGAAAUGUACAUAAAACAAAAUGAAGAAAUAUGACAAAACAAAUGCACACAUUCAAAAGUACUGGAGUAUUUAACCUAAAGAGUAUUGCACAUCUACCUAGACUGGUCCUAUUGGUGCUAGUGAGUGUUUCCAAGAUGUUGAUCAUCAACAGUUACUGACACUAUGGGGUCACAUAACACCAUGGUCACUGGUUAAUUUAACUGUAUCCUUUAUAAAAACUUCAAAUGGAUUUCAACUUCACAGCUUCUACUUUAUACACCUAUUGUAUUUCCACUAAAGUAUAACUUUAAAACAAUUCGAAUUUAAAACGUUCUUCAUAUCAUAUACUUUUUUCUUCAUAAAAGGCAUUUGGUAAUCAUCCCCGACUUACUCAAUUUCAAUCACUUGCGCUUUGUUCUGAUCAAUGAAAACCAUUCUAGAUGUAUGGCUUGGGAUGGAUGUUUCUUCAUCUUAAAAGGCAUGACUGUCUACUUCACUGAACACUUUUCAAAGCUGUAUUCAUUUCACUUCAUUCUGAACCAUUUCGAUGACUUGGUGGCUUCCCUGAUAUCCUUGCAUCACAUUCUUCCCCUAUGCAAAUGCAAUUUAUUUUCCAAACAAUACAUAGUAAAUGUAGGCAACAUUCAUUCAU